ACGUUACACCGACUUUUGCUCAUCUGGAUUUGAACGGGCAUAUUAUCACAUUGAUUCCCUGUCUGGGCUCCAGGACUCAAUGCCAUGAUUGUUCAAUUGCUUUCUGAAUAAUGGAAAACAUUACAUAGCCUCAGCACCUCAAUAUGACAUUCUUCUUGACAUCUUCCCGGAUAUACACCCAGGGCGUAUCCAGACUCCUUCGCCAAAAACCAGCAUAUACCUCUCUUGCAUUUUCUUCCACAAAGGCGACCGUUUCUUCAAACUUUCUAAUCAACGGGCCUCUGAAUCCUCCCUCUACCAGCAUUUCAGUCCCAUCAAAACGCUCUUCCUCCACAUACAAAGCAAUCACCAAAGACAAAAAGAACCACUACGAUCUCGCAUCAUUUCUUUCCUACGCAUCACGUGCCAACCUGACACCCUCAAGCACGACUUUUGUUGGGACGCAUUACGAAUAUACAGUUCAGGAGACAUUACGACGGCUCGGCUUCUCACUCGCGCGCAUUGGAGGCCGUUCAGAUUUCGGCAUCGACCUUCUAGGUCACUGGCAGAUCCCUGUUCCUCUGGAGGACGCAACAUCCGGCGCGGAGCCAGACGCAGAGAACGUUUCCUUGCCAUUGUCGCUGCCGGUAAUAGUCCAAUGCAAGGCGAUCAGUCGGCCGCCUAGUCCAAAUAUGGUGCGUGAGCUUGAAGGCGCGUUUGCGGGCGCCCCGGCAGCGUAUCAAGCCGAAGGAGGCGUCGUGGGGAUAUUGGCCACGCCGAAAGACGCUACGAAGGGGGUUAGAGAUGCGCUGGCGAGAAGCCGGUUCCCAUUGGGAUUUGCAAAAAUCGCAAAAGAGACUGGUGUGGUUGAGCAGCUGGUGUGGAAUGCAACUGCGGUGCAGGCAGGGCUGGAAGGGGUGGGUGUUACUUUGAGGUUUUGUGCUCCUGUGAAAAAGGCAGAUGCUUUUCUUGGCUCUGAGAUCAUCAGGGGUCAAGGUAUUGGCCGGGAGAGUCAAGGCCCGUUGAGCAAAGAGGUCGUUUUGACUUGGAGGGGCGAAGAGCUGCCGGAUGCUGAGGCCCAGAUACACACGUUGCAUACUCUUGAACAGGGUUGAGAAGCAUGUUCCUGGAUAGCAUGUUAAUGCUUUUUCCUCAGUUGGUGAGCAUGCAAUGUAUUCUUACACAUCAGUCGCUGGCCGGCAUUAUACGCACCGUAGAAUGAGCUCCAUGAGGGAACGAAACGCUCUGUUUACGACGAUACCAAACAGUUUGCAAUUAUUGAAUUCAGAAAAUGGGAAAGGAAUAUAUAAGGGGAAUGAAUUAAGAACAAGAAUCGGGCGGUAUUACGGAAACGGAGACAGUCUUUGUCCAAAACACACCGUGUCGUCCUUACGCUCCUAUGAACCCGCCUACUCCAGCACGCCAGACCUGCACAACUCCAGCCAAAAGAAAACUCCCUGGGAUAAGCAUGAAUUACAUGCUCUGCCAAAGAUAAUUUGCAUAGAAGAAUUUCGAAAACUUCGGA